CCUGGCAACCCCAUCGUAACCAGAUGUCAGCGGUUUGGGGGUGUUUGGUGAGUUCGCUGCAAGUUUUUGUUUGCAGUUCACUAAGCUAGCUUCCGUAACAAAAUCACAUCAACACAUCAGCGCAGUGACAGAAACGUCUCUUCUGAUUGACUGUCGGAAAAUCCGGAGAGUACUUCUGUGAUUCUGUUAGUUCCUGUUUUCCGGCAUGUGAUUCAGAUGGCGUGACUGACCAGGGCGUAUGUCUUUUUCCAGAGUGAAGGAUGAGUCUGUUUCAUGUGCUGCUGCCGCUGCUGCUCUUAAAUGUGCUCAGCCUUGUUUCUGGGCUGCGCGUAGCGACUUCAUCUUUUACCCAGACACCUUUCCUCACCGUGUGGAAUGCCCCCACUGUCGGCUGCCUCUCUCGGUAUGAUGUGGACCUGGACUUGGGGACCUUUAACAUCGUCCAGAACCAAAACCAAACCUUUAUAGGUGAAAACAUUACCAUCUUUUAUUCUGACAAGCUGGGUCUAUAUCCCAGCUACUCCAGCCAAGGUCAAGCUAUUCAUGGUGGAGUCCCACAAAACGCCAGUCUCGAUGAGCACCUCAGAGUUGCCUCCGAAGAUAUUCACACCUUCAUACCUGACCGGGAUUUCCCCGGAAUGGCAGUGGUGGACUGGGAGAGCUGGAGACCUGUAUGGGAGAGAAACUGGACUAGUAAGAAGGUGUACAUGGAGGCAUCAAAAGCACUGGUUAGGUCCAAGCACCCAGACUGGAAGCCUGCACAGGUAAAUGCUGAAGCCCAGAAGAACUUUGAGGAAGCAGGGAGGAAAUUCAUGGAGGAAACUCUGAAACUGGGGAAGCAGGAGAGACCAAAUGGAUUGUGGGGUUAUUAUGGUUUCCCUGGCUGCUACAACUAUCAAUACACAAACCACUCUACAAACUACACAGGGGAAUGUCCAGCCAUAGAGCUGAAGAGGAACGACGAGCUGUGGUGGCUGUGGAACAUCUCAUCUGCUCUGUAUCCUGACAUCUACCUAAGCGUGGAAAUGCGAGGCCUCAGCAAAGAAGUGCUCCUCUACACUCGCCACCGUGUCAUGGAGGCCAUGAGAGUCGGGGCUCAGUCGACUCCAUUAGCCCCGCCUGUCUUUCCCUACGCACGGAUCGUCUACACCUUCACACUAGAUUUCCUUUCUCUGGAGCACCUGGUCUACACCAUAGGAGAAAGUGCAGCUUUAGGUUCUGCGGGGGUCGUCCUCUGGGGCGACCUUUCCUUCGCCAAAUCCCAGGCCUCUUGUGACGCCGUCAAGUCCUACAUCGACGAGAGGCUGGGCUCUUACCUGGUGAACGUCACGUCGGCAGCCACUCUGUGCAGCCAGGCCGUGUGCUCGUCUCAGGGAAGAUGUCAGAGGAGAAACCCGGGGUCCAAAGCCUACCUCCACCUGGACCCUGCGGCAUGGAAAGUGGUGUCUGAGAAGAAGCCUGAUGGGAGGAGUAACUACAGCGUUUUAGGACAAAUGAGGACGCGUGAGGUAAAAGUCAUGAAGUCACAGUUUCAGUGCAAAUGCUUCCCAGGGUGGGGUGGUGAGAGCUGCUCCAAGCCAACGCAGGGAUAAAAGACUUUCUUUUAAGGAAAUAAUCCACUGAUUGUGUUGGUAAAGUCUGUAAAAAAAACAGUGUUAAAAUGAAGCACUGGGGUUUGUUUGGCCCUGAGGUCGUUUUCUGCUUGAGUGCGUUUGGUCUCUCGCGAAUGUUAAUU